AUGAGCGGCGACAAACCCCAUCUCAAUGGCAGUGAUCCGGCUGAGAAAGGCAUCGAUGGCUCGGAAGAUGUUGAGAUGAAGGAAGGAUCACAAAACCCUAAGAAGGCUCUCAAGCUCAACAAGGACAAGGAUGGUGAUGACGAGAUGACUGUCGUCGUUCCACCCGCAAAGGGUUCGAACUCCCCUAGCGCUCCUGAGAAACCGACCGAGGCGGACCUCAAAAACGGCGCUGUGAAUGGCGACGCAGCAAAUGAAUCUGAAGCGCAAGUUGAUCCUCAAGAAAAAGUCAUCUUGGAAAUCAAAGCCAAUCUCCCACUACUCGAACGAGGUGUAAUCCAGUUUGAUCCGCGAUUCAGCUUGAGAGUGCUUCGUUCAAUACCUUCCACCAGGAAACAGCUUUCUGCCUAUGUUGUGGCUACUGUAGUCACCGACACCUACCCAAUUCCCACGGCAACUGCGAUAUCUCUUCUGACGGCCGUCAAGGAUGACCCAUCCUUCCCUACCCAAAAGGUUGAAGAUUGGCACAGCAAGAAGGAUACAUCUCUGCAAAAGAACUCCCAGAAAGAAAUACUGCCGGAGAUUGACAUCUAUCUCUCGAUUCUGGUUCAGGUGUACCUUUACGAUAAAAAGUCUAUCGACGCCGGUGCUCAGUUCUCUAGCGCUCUCGUGGAUCACCUGCGCACAUUGAAUCGUCGCACCCUGGACCCGCUGUCUGCACGCGUCUACUUCUACUAUGCACUCUUUUUCGAAGAGCUGGCCCCGUUGCCACCAUCUCCUGCAGCGGCAGUGAUCUCAAUUCGGAAGAAUCUUCUGGAUGCACUGAGGACGGCCACCUUGCGGAAAGAUCAAGACAUCCAGGCUGCUGUCACCACUCUUCUCUUGCGAAACUAUCUGUCUACAUCGCACAUCACCCAAGCCGACCUGCUGAUAUCUCGUACCAAGUUUCCUGCGGCAGCGGCAAACAAUCAAUUUGCUCGUUAUCUCUACUAUCUUGGGCGCAUUCGAGCAAUACAGCUCUCUUAUACAGAAGCCCAUGAGCAUCUCACGGGUGCGACUCGCAAAUCACCGACCGCCUACAAGGCGAGUGGCUUCUAUCAGGCAUCGACCAAACUGCUCGUUGUGGUGGAGCUGUUGUUGGGGGAUAUCCCAGACCGCGCAAUCUUCCGGCAACCAAGUCUGGAGCAGGCUCUGCGGCCGUACCUUCAACUCGUCGAAGCCGUCAGCUCCGGUGACAUUAUCGCCUUCCAAAAUCUCGUUCAGCGAUACAACUCGACUUUCCGAAAAGAUGACACCUACACUCUCAUCCUGAGACUGAGGCAGAACGUGAUCAGAAUGGGAAUUCGCAUGAUGUCUCUUUCUUACGCCAGAAUCUCGUUGCGCGACAUGUGCCUGCGGUUGGGCCUGGAUAGCGAGGAAUCCGCCGAAUAUAUGGUUGCAAAGGCGAUUCGUGACGGAGUCAUUGAAGCGAGUCUUGACCAUGAACGUGGCUUCAUGAAGAGUAAGGAGGUGGGUGACAUCUACGCAACCAGAGAACCCGGUGACGUCUUCCACGAACGUAUCCAGGCUUGUUUGGCUUUGCACGAUGAGAGUGUCAAGGCCAUGCGUUUUCCAAUGAACCAGCAUCGACUAGAGCUCAAGAAUGCCCAGGAAGCACGCGAUCGCGAGCGCGAGUUAGCCAAAGAAAUAGUGGACGGAGACAUGGACGACGAUGACGCACCAGGCGGCGAUUUCGAAGGGUUGUGA